UUUUGUGAAUCCCAUUUCCAGCGCAUAGAAACUCAUUUUCCCAGCCGCAAAAAAGGCUAAUCUCAGCUCCCAUUUUACUCCUUCAGUCGUCACGUUUCCUCUUGAAAUUAUGGAUUUCCAGUCCACCAAAUAAAUAAAAAAGCGUUGACAAGCGCUUGAUAACAAUGACACAAUAAUUCAUGAGUUAUAUAUUUUUGAUCAAUUUUUGGAGGCUUCAGGACACCCCAGUUUUGCAGUGACGUCAUUUCUACGUCACUCUUUCAGAUCAGUUGGAUGGCGGGUGUGAAAGCCAUCAAUACAGAAAUAAUGAGUUAGACGUCAUUGACACUUUAAUCGCUAUAUUUUUUUAGUUCACUGGCGUACAACGACAUUCAAGUUUUGACCUACGAAGCGUUCUACGGUCUAAACAAUCUGACGAUUCUGAAUAUCAGUAUGAAUCCACUUCGUCAUUUCAAAGGGAAUUCAAGUGGGUUAUCCUCACUUUCUGUAUUGGACGUGACAGGAAUCGUAGACUGGAAACCAGAGAAAAAGCUGCUGCAACUGCGCAUGCUUGAACGGAUUAUCGGUCUCACGUGGUCAGCGGAGUGUCAAAACUGCUUAUUUUACCGAAGCAACAGGACAAAUUCAAACCUUAAGGAAACAAUAUCUUGGAAAUCAGAAAAGUGCUACAAAUAUAAGUAUAGAACAACGGAUUUGUCACCAAUUGGGAAACUUUUAAGUAACACGUCUUUUCAGUUUGAGUGUGCCAGUAUUUCCACCUGCCAUCUUUACAGAACAACUACAGAACUGAACGAAACAGUUAACAAAUGCUGGAAGGAAACUUUGGCUGGAAUCACCGUCCAAUCACUUUUUGGUUACGUCGGAGUGCUCGUCAAUCUCCUCGUAAUUUUCAAUAUUUUGUUUUCAAAAACUCUUCGUCAAAAUGUUUCGAUGUUUUUCGUAUGUAACAUGGCUGUGAGUGACUUCCUUCUGAGUGUCUAUACUAUAUGUAUCACUACGUAUUUGAAUAGCGUGUCCUUCACUUACUCAAACGAAAAUUCUUAUCGGCAUUGUUGGAAGAUGGGGUUCCUGUGGAUGCUCGGAGAGGCUGGGUCGGUCAUAACAACAUUCUUACUAACACUAGAGAGAUACCUCGUAAUCGUUUACAGUCUCAACCCUGAUAUUAGAAUCAGUCGCAAAAUGGCAGCAGUUUUGAUCUUGGUAUGUUGGCUGGUAGCAAUCGUUCUUACUGGAUACGCACUGUAUUAUAAUUUCUAUCGAUUUACAUUCCUUUGCAUUCCAGUUCGAUUCGAUAUUGAUAUUUUUGACGCCUUGAUCUUCACAAUUGUUAUAGUUGUAUUUGCUUUAUUCUUCUACCUCUUAACCUUCGUGUUUUACGCCCAUAUCUACGUCACAGUUAAACGCGCAGCUCAAAACGCCGGCGUUAAUCGCGAAUCCAAGCUCGCCAAACGAGUUGCUUUGUUAGUUUUCAGCAACAUAUUCUUUUUCUGCGUUCCUAUAAUUGUUUCUGCGUUUAUAACGGUUCUUUAUCAACAACGCAUUCUGAAAGAUCUCAGCGACGUGGUCUUCGAGGUGACGGCUAAAGUCCUACCAGCGAUAUUUUUGAGCUUGAAUUCAUUUCUCAACCCAUUCCUCCACGCGUUCAGGAACGAUCGUUUUACCCAGGCUCUCAAAGUGCAAUUUCAGUGUCUGCGAAAUAUAAGGGUUUUGUUUGAACGACAACAGAAUUUCCGCGUGUAUCCUGAAACUCGAAUGAGAAACGUCAAGGUUUCGAAGCCAUGAUUAUGUCGUGUAAAAAUGAUCUACUGCGCAUGUCAGGAUAUGAUGGCGGGAUCAAUCGAAAAUCCCCAAGUUUGGAGCAAAGGAAAUUGAAUUGCCACUGACUUCAUUUCAAGGGUGCUAGGACAGACGGAUUGGGCUAUAUUAUAAUCUAUUUGUUAUCAGUCAUUCGUAGAUUUUAAAUAGAUAGAGCUUUUAAGUUUUGAAGUAUUUACGGGUCCAACUGCCCACAAAAACCGCUAAUUAUAAAAUAAAGUGCAAAAUGUUCUCAAUGAUUUUAUCUCUACCUGAAACUAUUGGAACUUUGUACAACAAAUGUUAGUGUUGUGAAGAGCUGGGUUGGCGUGUGUCUAGAUGUACAGUAGGUGGUUAUACAGUCGACUACACUGCCUGUUCUAGAGGAUUCCGACCACCAUAUAACAAGUACUCACCCUUCU